CGCAGAACCUAAACCCUACCUCGACGCCUUCCCCCGCUGACCGGUAGACGCCAUGGCCUCCCUGCUCAAACCAAAGCUUCCACCUUUUUUUCUACGGCGUCUGCUCUUCGAUCGCCGCUGCAGCUUUACUCCCUCUGUUGCCGUCGACAACGCCACCACUACCCUCCCAUCUGUCGCCACCCCCAUCUCUGCCGUUAAGUCCCAACUCCUCGAGAACCUCUAUACCCUCAUCAGAGAUCACCGCCGCGCCAACCCCAGCGCUUCGCCUACUCCGCCGCCGCCGGACCUCACCAUCUCCUCCCUCUCCUCCUCCUUCUCCAUACUUUCACCUUCUCCUCCUUCGCCUUCCCUCGCCGCCCAGCUUAUCAACCGCUGCGCUUUCCUCCACCACGGCGCCCCCUUCCACCAAACUCUCGCCUUUUUCAACUGGUGGCUCGCCGCCUCCUCCCUCCCCUCAGCACCCUCUCCUUCCGCCGCUCCCUUUGUGGCAAUGAUCAACUUCUGUGGCAAACACCACCACUUCGACAUCGCCUGGCACCUGCUCGACAAAAUGCGCGCUUUGGGAAUCCCCAUCGCCAACCAGACAUUCUCCAUCUUGAUCCGCCGAUAUGUUCGCGCCGAUCUCCCGGACGAUGCCACCGAGGCUUUGCUCCGCAUGCCAGACUACGGCUGUGAACCCGAUGCGACUACAUUUUCCUCCCUCCUCGCUGUCCUCUCCAAGAAGCGCCAAGCCGCCAAGGCCCAGUCACUCUUCGACGCCCACAAGCACCGGUUUCCGCCUGAUGUCGUGAUCUACUCCACCCUCGUCCAUGCUUGGUGCCGUGCCGGAAAGCUCGAUGAGGCAGAGCGUGUCUUUGCUGAGAUGGCCACCAGCGGAAUUUCACCCAAUGUGUAUACUUACACUGCAGUGAUUGAUGCAAUGUGCCGCGCAGAGCAGAUGCCUCGCGCAAAUGAGCUUCUUUGCCAGAUGAUUGACGCAGGGUGCCCCCCCAAUACCGCAACUUUCAACAGCCUGAUGCGCGCCCACGUCAAAGCAAGGCGGCCGGAGCAGGUUCUGCAGGUCAAAAACCAGAUGAAGCAAUUAGGCUGCGAGCCCGACGUUAUCACCUACAAUUUAUUGAUUGAAUCCCACUGCACCAAGGGCCAGAAGAAUCUUGAUGCUGCACUCAAACUACUCAACCAAAUGACUGCAAGAGGCUGCACUCCCGACUGCCUGUCCUUCAAUCCCAUGUUUCGCUGCAUUCUCGAUCUCGAAAAUAUUAAUGCAGCGCACAGAUUAUACGAACGGAUGAGGGAGCUCGGAAGCAAGCCUAACACAGUUACUUAUAACUUGCUCAUGGAGUUAUUCAGCAAGGAGAAUUCAAUGGACAUGGUGCAGAGGAUGAAGAAGGAGAUGGAGAAGGAAGGUGUGGAGCCAAAUGCGAAUACGUACAGUGUGCUGAUUACAGCAUUUUGCAUCAAAGGCCAUUGGAAGCAAGCUUAUGUGUUGAUGAAAGAGAUGCUGGAGGAAAAAUGCCUCAAGCCGGCAGCUCCUACCUAUAAAACAGUAAUGGCUUUGCUGCAGAGAGUUGGGCAGCUGACAAAGCAUGAAGAGAUCGAGGGGAAGAUGAUCGAGCAUGGUUUCAUCACCCGGCCUACAUGAGGAGACAAUGUCGUACUACCGAUAUUAUAAUUCACUGAAGUUCAGCCCUUUUCAAAUGCAAGCUGUGGAAGAAUUUGUUGUAGCUCUAUGGAUGCAGAGGUAUCAUAAGGCUGUCAAGGAGCUGAGCUUGAUUGUAUCAAAAUCUGACAUUCUUCUUAUAGAGCUUGUUCGAACUUGUUUUGUUUUUGUUUUUUUUCUUAUGUGCUAAUCACUAUUUCAAAA